AUGGGCUGGUUGAGUUCCUCGGGGAUCACUCCGUACUUGAUCUUCCUGGUCUUCGUUACGACGUUAGGCCCGCUUCAGUUCGGUUAUCACCUGGCUGAAUUGAAUGCUCCGCAAGCUGUCGUGACGUGUGAGAAGAAAAGUAUAGGCUCGACCUCCGCACUGGGCGGCCUGCCGCAAUGUCUUCCAAUGAGCCCGUCCCAGUUUGGCGUGGUCUCGUCAAUCUACACCCUGGGUGGAUUCGUGGGCGCUCUGCUGGCAGGGCCCGUGUCGACUAAGUACGGGCGGCUUUUGACGCUACGAUUGACCACCGUAUUCUUUGUCUUGGGCCCGGUAGCGGAGACGUUGGCGUCAGGUAUUACGGUGUUAUCUCUAGGUCGAUUCCUGUCGGGGAUCGGGUCUGGAGCCGCCAUAGUGGUCGGCCCUAUCUACGUGUCGGAGGUCGCACCACCUCCGUCGCGCGGGUUCUUUGGAGCGUUCACCCAGGUCAUGACCAACGUCGGCAUCCUGCUGACACAGACCCUCGGAUAUUUUUGGAGCCGUGAUAGUAUGUGGCGAUGGAUCCUUGCGGGUGCCGGAUUCAUCGGAGCCUUGCAACUUGCCGGUCUUUUGGCGGUGCCCGAAAGCCCUAUCUGGCUAGCAGAGCACCGACAGAGAAACCAAGCGCGUCGGGUCUUACAGCGGAUUCGUGGGCCUGAUGCCAACAUUGAUGCCGAGAUCGAGGGCUGGCGGGCCUCUGCUGCCCCUGCGGCCGAAGAGGAAUCACUGCUUUCCGCCCCUUCGGAGACGUCCGCUCCAACACAGUCUGUUACCAUUCUACAAGCUGUCAAGGAUCCCUACUAUCGUCCUGCCAUAGUUGCGGUCGUGGGGGUCAUGCUCGCGCAGCAGUUUACGGGCGUAAACAGCAUCGUUAUGUACAGCGUUUCACUGUUGCAGGGCAUCCUGCCUACCGGGGCUGCGCUGCUCACAAUCUUGACUUCUGCGAUCAACCUUGGCAUCACACUUGCCUGUACACCUUUACCUGACCGCAUUGGUCGGAAAACGUGUUUAUUGAUCAGUAUCAGUGCAAUGGGGUUCAGCUCGAUGCUACUCGCGCUUGGAUUUGCUCUGGAUCAGCAAGUCCUUUCAGCGAUCGCCACGCUCCUCUUUGUUGCUAGCUUUGCCGCGGGACUUGGACCGGUCCCCUUCAUGCUAGCCUCUGAACUUGUCGGGCCAGAAGCUGUCGGCGCAGCGCAGAGCUGGGCGCUGUCGGCCAACUGGACUGCCACAUUCAUAGUUGCCCAGUUUUUCCCCGUGCUUAAUACUGCACUCGGUGGCCACGGGAAGGUGUAUUGGAUAUUUACGGCUAUGGCGGUGCUGCUGGGGUUCUUCAUCUACCGAUAUGUACCAGAGACCAAGGGCAAAGCCAAUGCCGAUGAAGUCUGGGGUCGGGUUGCCCGGCGCGAAGACUAG